UCCUCGCUGGUUUCCUCUAUGGUUUCUGCAGUGGGAGCAGACUCCGAGAGGAUGGACGAUGAUGGUGGGACUGUGGGUCUGGAGGCCUCCCAGCGUCCAGCCUGCAACACAGAUUCAGAAGAGGACAUGAUAAGUGGUGGGAUGCACACUUUCAACCAGACUCAUAUGAGGAAAGCCUUCCAUCUAAUGAACGACCUGAGAAGUAAAAAGCAGCUGUGUGAUGUUCAGCUUAUGGCAGGAGGCACUGAAGUCCCGGCGCAUCGGGUGGUCCUGGCGUCUUGCAGCCCCUACUUUUGUGCCAUGUUCACAGGUGAUAUGAGUGAGAGCAAGGCACACCAGGUGGAGAUCCGAGAGGUAGAUGGAUUGACCCUACAAAAACUAAUUGACUACAUAUAUACUGCCGAAAUUGAGAUUACAGAAGACAAUGUUCAGGUGUUGCUACCAGCUGCCAGUCUGCUGCAGCUCAUGGAUGUACGGCAGGUUUGUUGUGAGUUUCUUCAGUCACAGCUCCAUCCUUCUAACUGCCUGGGCAUAAGAGCCUUUGCUGACCUGCAUACAUGCACACAACUUUUGAAUCAGGCCCAUGCAUAUGCUGAGCAGCAUUUCUCUGAAGUUGUGCAAGGAGAAGAGUUUUUGAGUCUGUCUUUGCAGCAGGUCUGCAGCCUCAUCUCCAGUGAUAAACUAACUGUCUCUACCGAGGAGAAGGUUUUUGAGGCAAUGAUAUCCUGGAUAAAAUAUGAUAAACCAUCUCGUCUUGAGUAUAUGUCAAAACUCAUGGAGCAUGUCAGACUCCCACUCCUUUCAAGGGAUUAUCUUGUUCAGAUUGUGGAGGAAGAGGCACUGAUAAAAAACAACAACACAUGUAAAGAUUUUCUUAUAGAAGCGAUGAAAUAUCAUUUGCUGCCCGCAGACCAACGGCACCUCAUUAAGACAGACAGGACCCGACCACGAACUCCAAUCAGCAUUCCCAAGGUAAUGAUUGUAGUUGGUGGGCAAUCACCAAAAGCCAUCCGCAGUGUUGAAUGCUACGAUUUUCAAGAGGACAGAUGGUAUCAGGUUGCUGACCUACCAUCUAGACGUUGUAGAGCAGGUGUAAUUUCUAUGGCAGGUCGGGUUUAUGCGGUUGGGGGCUUCAACAGCUCUCUGAGGGAAAGAACUGUUGAUGUCUAUGAUGGAGCUCUGGAUCAGUGGAGUGCCGUGGCCAGCAUGCAGGAGAGGCGCAGUACACUGGGGGCUGCUGUACUGGAUUUGCUGUAUGCAGUGGGAGGCUUCAAUGGAAGCAUAGGACUUUCCACUGUUGAGGCUUACAGCUACAAAACUAACACAUGGUUCUAUGUAGCCUCUAUGAACACCAGGCGCAGCAGUGUCGGUGUUGGAGUGGUGGAUGGUAAGCUGUAUGCUGUAGGAGGGUAUGACGGUGCAUCACGCCAGUGUCUCAGCACAGUAGAAGAAUAUGAUCCCGUGACUGACCAAUGGUGUUAUGUGGCAGACAUGAGCACAAGGCGCAGUGGAGCAGGUGUGGGUGUGUUGGGUGGUCAGCUGUAUGCAGCAGGUGGACAUGAUGGUCCUUUGGUCAGGAAGAGUGUGGAGGUGUAUGACCCACAGACUAACACAUGGAGGCUGGUCUGUGACAUGAACAUGUGCAGGCGAAACGCAGGUGUGUGUGCCAUUAACGGGCAUCUCUAUGUGAUUGGGGGAGACGAUGGUUCCUGCAACCUCUCCUCGGUAGAGUUUUACAACCCAGCAACCGAUAAAUGGAGUCUCAUUCCUACUAAUAUGAGCAAUGGACGCAGCUAUGCAGGAGUUGCUGUCAUUGAAAAGUGUGUAUGACCAAUUCCUGGUGGUUUACUCUGUUAUUGACAUUUAAUGAAAUCUGAGGCUCAACAAAUAGACAAAAACACUUUACUGGAUGUGAUGCCUCCAACAGGAGUCUUUGGCACUGUUUUUCAACAUGUUAUAUUGGAGGAAUCCUGAAAACAUUGCACUACAUUACAAGCAAUAGCCACUGAAAAGCAGGGUCCUUAAGAACUAUGACUUCAGCUGCUAAGCACAAAACAAGCAUCUGCUAAAAGCAUAUUGUUUAAGGAAUAUGGGCCAAAUGCAAAGUACAAGUAUCUGUACUGUCAGAGUACUCCGCUUGGGACCUGGCCUACUUUCUGCAUCUGGAGCCAUGGGACAAUAUUACUGUACCUGAGUGUGACAAGUGCCAGGACUCGUCAGUGUGCCAUGGGAGACAGACCUCAACAUUGCAUUGUGUGAUGGAGCCAACGUUUAAGUGUGCAGACUGGACUAAGCAAGGCAGCUUUGCAAACAAACAACAAACUUAAUUUGGAAAAUGACAGAAUGUAUAAAACCUCUUCAAUUAAGUGAAAUAUUAUCACAUAUAUUUUUUCAAUCUCAUAAGAAGCCUGAGGUCUGCUGCUAUCAUAGUUUUGUAAGGAAUACACUACUGAUGCACUAACCGAUCCUGACCUGUCCCUGGGCCAACUCUGUUUCCUGCUGAUACAGGUUUUAAAGCACCACUUUUUGGAUUUUAUUCUUGUAAUUGUAAGUGGCUGUGGCUACAAGCUAACCAAAAUCUGAUUUAAAUAUGUUUUUAAGGAAAAGAAAUCAGAUAUUAAAGAACAUGCAAAACUGCACAACUUGAUGUGAGUAAUUGUGAUCGGGACCGUGAUUAGAAAGAAAUAAGAUGAUUUAGCUGUUUACAUUUCCUUUUGAUCAUCUUUUAGCUCUAAUCUGAUAAUAAUCAGAUUUUGAGCUUGCAUGUAACCAAAGCCAGUGUCAGUGACAAACUGUUACAUUACAAUUAUGUUGAGUGGAGCCUGCUAAAUGCACUGUAGUACCUUAAGUAUAUUUUGCAAAAGUUGUGGGAUAAAAUGUUAUAUUUAUUGUGUUUAGAGGCAAAUUAUUCUCAAAGAAUUAAAUCAUUUCAUAAUUUUAUGGUAAAUUAUGUAAUUACAUUAUUUUUUCUUGUAACUGAAAAAUGUUAACUACUUUAAAUUGUGUCUGUGCAAAGCUAUAUAUGAUGAUACUUUUAAAACCUUUUGCAACAGCUGGCCUCCACAUCUGCUGUCAUUGUAUGUAUUAACUAUUUCAGCAUCGUCUAAUUUAUGUUUCUAUGUGUUACUAAGUGAGAAGCCCAAAUCCAAAUAACUGCUCAAGUGCACUGAUGCAUUAUUGUAUGUCAAUGUAUAGAAUUCACUUAAUAUCAUAUUUUCUUAAAGCCCGAACUUAUAAUACAUGCAAUUGUAUCCCAUGUUCUUUCCAAAUAGGCUGAUGGCAAAAUCAGAAAUGUUCACCUAAG